CAUAAAAAUACCGGGAGAAAUAGUGUGAUAUGGGCAUUACAGCUCUUCUUCCGCUUUUAAAGGACAUAGCAUGCGAUGUUCAUUUUGAGAACUUUCUCUGGAAAGGUGGCCGCAAUCGACGUUUACUGCUGGCUUCACAAAACUGUUAUUUUCUGUGUCGAAGAGAUAAUUUUGGGAUCGAAGCAACUUGGUACGUAUCAACACAUCGUUCUUACAUGUGCCUAAAGUGCUUGAUUUUGAACGUAAGCUUCUCUUUAGCGCUCUUCUCACCUCAGAUUUUUUUUUCCAGGUACAUUGACAUGUGCAUGAAGGAUACUGAUCUUCCCAUCGAAAAUAAUAUGCAACCUAUUCUGGUUUUCCAGGAGAAGCUCAGGAGGCCAAGGCAAAUGUGGAAUCCUCCUCCUCUAACUUGUUGUUGUUGA